CCAUAUUUUUACACAUGACCAAAUGCAUAAGCUCCACACAAGGCAGCAGUCGACUGAGCACACACGUGGAGAAUGACCAGGAGGAGUUUUCUCUGAGUGGACUUGUACGACUUGCACUGUUUUAGAAUCCUGCGCUUUGGAUUAUGCUCUUCAUCCUGAUCCUCUCGUCGCCGCCACUGAGCUUGUAGAUUCUUCAUCAUUCUGAUUUUCUUUCUUUCCCCCCCCGUUGGUCAUUGCAAUCUUUGAUUAAUGCAAACAUCGUCAUGUUUAUCAGAUCAACUUUUCUCCUUUACUUUGUGGUCUCACUCUUAAAGCUUGCUCGUUGCAUGGAGAGUGAACUUUGCUUCCCGAUUAGAAUGAAUAGUGAUGAGAGUAUGGAUUCUGAUAACGACGUGGAUUUCCUUAAUAGAAAAUAUGUCCUAAAGAUUAAAGCUUUCCAGCAGGAAUUAGUGAUCGAUUUACAGCGAGACUCUAAUUUCAUUGCCCCUUCCAUCUCUAACCAAGGCGCAUUGUGGCUCUCCGAUACCGAUGUUACCACUGACCUGACCCGGUGUUUUUAUUCUGGAUAUGUGAACGCUGAUCAGUACUCUUAUGCCGCUCUCAGCCUCUGCAAAGGUGUGCAAGGUGCAUUUGGCUUCCACGGCUGGGAAUAUUUUAUCAGUCCGGUACAAAAUGACACCAGAAGCGCAGAGAGCGCGCACAUCGUCCGGCGCAGAGCCAGCAACAACCUGAAGCCCAGCUCUACCUCCAGGUGCGCAGUGGACAGCGACAUAAGCCUCCAGGCUGCGCAGUCCUUGGAGAAAUACAAGCGACUGGCAGACCACAGCAAUGUGACCGAAACGAUGCUGAAGAGGAUGGGGAGAGCCAAAAGGUUCGCCUCAAUCCCCAGAUACGUGGAAACGCUUGUUGUGGCGGACGAGUCCAUGGCGAAAUUCCACGGAGAUGACUUAAAGCACUACCUCUUGACACUGAUGGCAGUGGCAGCGAAGCUCUACAAGCAUCCCAGCAUCCUCAACUCCAUCAGCAUUACAGUUGUGAAGAUCAUGGUUAUAUCCGAGGAGGACAAAGGACUCAAGGUGUCCGGGAACGCAGCCAUGACGCUACGGAACUUUUGCACUUGGCAAAAAAAGAUGAACAAAAACAACGACAAGCAUCCCGAGUACUGGGACACAGCUAUUCUUUUCACCAGACAGGACCUCUGCGGGGCCUCCACCUGUGACACACUUGGCAUGGCAGAUGUUGGCACCAUGUGCGACCCCAAGAGGAGCUGCUCUGUAAUCGAAGACGACGGCCUUCCUUCAGCUUUCACCACUGCUCAUGAGCUCGGGCAUGUGUUCAACAUGCCACAUGACAAUGUGAGAUCCUGUGAGGACCUGUUCGGAAAAAUGCUGGAGAACCACAUGAUGUCACCCACACUAAUUCAGAUCAACCGUACCAGCCCCUGGUCCCCCUGCAGUGCCGCAAUCGUCACUGAAUUUCUGGAUGGCGGGCAUGGUGAUUGUUUGCUCGACCAGCCUCAGAAACCGCUAGUCCUGCCUGACACGCUGCCAGGAUCAUCCUACCACCUCGAACGCCAGUGUGAGCUCGCCUUCGGUGAAGGCUCCAAGCCUUGUCCCUUCAUGCAGCCGCCAUGCAGUCGUUUGUGGUGCACUGGAAAGUCCAGCGGACAUUUGGUGUGUAUGACUCGGCACUUUCCCUGGGCAGAUGGCACUCGGUGUGGGGACGGACAGGUCUGCGACCGAGGAGUCUGCACUGACAAGCAGGUUCACAACUUGAAGGUGGACGGCCGCUGGGGUAAGUGGGGCCAGUUCAGUACCUGCUCACGCACAUGUGGUGGUGGUGUCCAGCUGUCAAAGAGAGAGUGUAACAACCCAGUUCCAUCAAAUGGGGGUAAAUACUGCCAAGGAGUUCGGGUCAAAUAUCGCUCUUGCAACCUGAACAGCUGCCCUGACACAGGUAAGACAUACCGUGAAGAGCAGUGUGAGAGUAGCGGCCAGAGAUUCAGCAGUAACCGUAUCAGCCACUCUGUGGUGUGGAUACCCAAGUACUCUGGAGUGUCCCUCAGUGACAGGUGCAAACUCAUCUGCAGGGCUAAUGGUACGGGCUACUUCAACGUCCUGGAAUCAAAGGUUGUUGAUGGGACUCCAUGUUCGCCAGAUUCCACGGGAGUGUGUGUCCAGGGAAAGUGCAUUAAGACCGGCUGUGACAGCAAAAUUGGCUCCACUAAAAAGUUUGAUAAGUGUGGAAUCUGUGGAGGUGACAACAAGGGCUGCAAGAAAGUGUCUGGACUCUUCACAAAGCCUGUGCAUGGCUACAACUUCGUUGUCAUGUUGCCAGUGGGUGCAGCCAAUAUAGACAUCCGCCAGCGAGGCUACAAGGGAAUGGUCAGUGAUGAUAACUACUUGGCCGUGAAGAACAGUGACGGCCAUUACCUGCUCAAUGGGAACUACAUCGUGUCAGCUGGCGAGAAGGACAUCUUUGUAAAGGGAAGCUUGCUGCGCUACAGUGGCACAGUCGGCCCUUCGGAGACCAUACAGGCCACGAAGCCCUUGGGAGAAGCCCUGACGGUGGAGGUGCUGUGUGCAGGCAAGAUGACACCUCCUCGCAUCCGCUACUCCUUCUACCUCGCCCGUCAGGUGAAGGAAGACAAGAAUCUGAAGAAGAAUGAGAGGGUAAACUCUCAAAACAGUGUCCUGGAUGAAGAUAGUGUCAAGGAGAAAGACACAGAUAGCCUAAAGAUGUCUUACAAAAGGGAGGAACCCGUUAUGGACAAGUGGGUUACCACAGGCUGGGAUGAUUGCUCCGUUUCCUGCGGCCGUGGGAUCCAGAGGAGGAUGGUGCAGUGUUUGAAACCAGACGGGAAGCCAGGGUGGAACUGUGACACUUCACAAAGACCUCCAGCCACCAGGGUUUGUGAAGGGCCAUGUCCUGAGUGGUACAUUGGGCAGUGGUCACCGUGCUCCAGAACCUGCGGGAAGGGCUUCAAGAGACGACCACUGCACUGCCAAAGCCAAACUGGGCAUCUUCUCACAAGAGAUCACUGCACUGGCGUUCGUAAACCACAGGAGCUGGACUUCUGUAACAUGACGCCUUGCUAGUAACUUAAACCUAUAAACGACACAAGUGUUUUUUUCUGUUUUAAAAGGGUGAAUUGAUUCCAUCUGCAAGUAUCUUUUGUAUCUGUCAGACAUGGAUUUUUCCACUUGGGCUGUUAGAGGAUGAUGGACACCUGCUUGGAAGAAUAUCAAAGCUCAAACCUGGAAGAUGAAUGCUGGAAGAUAUCUUUCACUGCCACUUUGUUUAAGCAUUAUUCAGGAGUACAUUUUAUGGCAAUACAAGAUAAUCAAGGUCAAAUAAAAUUUAGUUGAAUUCCUUGUACUGUCAGCAGAUACAGAAUGUCCAUUUGCAAGCAAUCAAUCUAGUUUACCUUUUGAGUCUGGAACCCAUUUCAUGUCAUAAUACUUUAACUGUGCAGGCUGCAGAUUAGUGAAAGCUGUGGGUAGUUUACAAAACGCCUCCAGUCAUUUUUCAAAUAGCAACUAUACCAAGAGUGACAUGUAUGAAUAACAGCUGGACUAAAACAUAGUUCCAAAAUGUCUCACGCAUGUUUUAUCGGCCAUCUUUUUUCCUUUUUUUUUGAAUCACAAGGAAUUUUAAAAUCUUCCAACUGAUUCUGAAAUGAAACUGGUAUAAUUUUCAUUGUUGUGUUAAUACUUACUGUUUAUUCCUACCACCACGCGUUUACAGUCUGGCAGUUAACUCCUGCAGUGGAUCAAGACUGCUAAUACUGUGACGUUUUAGGAGUAAAAAUGCAAAACACACGAUAGUCAUGUAGCCAGGAUUUCUUCAAAACGUGAACAGAGAUCACCUUCGUUGUACACAUCGUGUUUCACUUUAAGCUUGAAUAUGAAGUCACACUGACUAAACAACACAGGCCAGGAAACACUGACCUAAGAUAGAGGCCUAGCCAGAUACUAUAAGCACGCAAAUACACACAGACUGCAUUGAGAUCCUCUCUCUCGUGAUCACUUCCUUUAUUUGACCUCAGCGACAGUAUUCGUAGUUCAUAGUGUUCAGCCAGUCGUGAAGCCUGUUAAGUCAUGCCUGUCUGGCACAGUUAGCACAGCUAAUUUAUUAUCAAUAAAACAAUAAAUCACAGAGAGAAUGUGUUUUCCUGGAUCCCCAUCUUCUUAUGGCCUCACAGCCUGAGCCAAGCUGUUCUGUCGACAGACUCGGAAUCCUGUAAUCCAUUAUGUUCUGUUUUAUUUGAAGGGGUCACAUUCACCAGUCCAACAUCCGACUACAGGGUAAGUCUCAUGUUAGUUGGCUGUUUUUUGUUUGUUUGUUUUUGAAUCUGCUUUUGCACUUUGUACAGCAAAAGAAACCAAUGACUUACACGGGCUGUACUGUAUACUAUGUAUACAUUUAUUCAGCUCUGUGCAAAAAAUAAUGUAAAUACUCUUUUUUUAAAAAUCUUUUUUUACACAGGCAUUUGUAAUGGUCUUUGACACUAGUGUAUUUAUUCCAAAAUAAAGUCAUUACCGUUGUAA